AUGGAACUUGCUAGCAGUUUUCAUCAUGGUCUGGGACAUGAAAGCAGUGGAUGGUUGUGUGGAAAGUUGAUGUAUUAUGCAGCCUUGCAAGCAAGUGCUAAAGUCAUUAUGAAAGGUGGAGAAGAACGCAUGAAGAUGGAGCUAGCUAACAUAAUACUUAAUAAGCAUAGUGAUGAAAGAACACUGGUUGAAGCUGUAAAAGAGCAUUUCUUUGCUGAGCAUCUAUUUAGUGACCAGUAUCAAGAUAGGCCUCUUUUCAGGUGGCGUCUACGCCAUACCUAUGUCGACCAUUCUUUUAUGGAAAGGGUCAAGGAGAUUGAAGUUAAGAUCUCAAAUGAGGGAUCUGGAUCAAUUUCUGGACAAAGAACCACAAACAUUGGAUCAUUUGGAGACCUCAUGGAGGACCCACUGGCUUGUAUUCUUGGUUCUCCAGACGGCAAUACAGAAAGCAGCAAGUUAGCUGAGCACAGAGGUACAAUCGUGACGAGGAGGGAGGUCCAAGCCCACAGAAGAAGAAGUUACCGGCAUCAUCGUCGACAUGCUGACAAAGCUUCUGCACUAUGAUGUGUGAUAUCUAUAUCAGAGAUUGAGGGUUGUUAAUGCUAGUAUUAUCCUUCGAACUUUCAGUCACAGACAACCAAUAGGAGUGGAUUUCUGGGAUGAUUAUUCUCGUCCACGACCAGAAUUAACCCAUAGGUAGGGGUGGGCAAAAAUAAACCGGCCACCGAACUACA